AGUAUAGAGUCUGUGAUUGGGGGAGGAGAGCAGUAGAAGAAGAGCUGUGGGUUGUUGUGAGGAGAGAGAGGAAGACGCCACGUUCACACUACUGAACCGGUUUUAAAGGGUUACCAUGUCGAGAGUUCCUAUGGGUAAAGUGUUGCUCCGAAAUGUCAUCAGACACACAGAUGCCCACAACAAGAUUCAGGAGGAGUCUGAGAUGUGGAAGCUUCGGGACAUGGAGAAACAGUCCUCUUCUUCUCAGGCCUCCAAGCCCAGAUGGAUGACCAGCAGCCAUUUGUCCAGGAGCAGCAUGCACUGUGACAGAGACAUGGAUGACUCAGAAGGAUCAGCACGAGACAGGCUUGGUGAGAAGGGAGGUCUGUCUGAAAGAGACGAGCGAGAGGCUCGGUACUGGAGCCGGAAACUGUACGAGUUUGAAGCAAAUGAUCCAGACAGAUGGGGACAUAGUGGAUUUAAGGAGCUUUAUCCUGAAGAGUUUCAAUCUGAUGGAGAGACUGGCCGCACUAAACCAAGCAGGAAAAAAAACACCAAGGAAAAAAUGUCUGCUGACAAACGAAAGAACUCCAAGAAAUCCUCUAAAAGGAAGAAGAAAAAGAAAAAGAGGACUGCAGGGUCAGACUCAGAGUCUGACAGCAGCGAAUCAGACAGUGUGAAGAGGAAGCAAAAGAGGAAAAGCGGGAAAAGUAAACACAGUAGAAAGAAAAAGCACAAAAGGAAAACAAAAGAGGAGGAGAGCAGCACGGACGAUAGUAACUCGGACAGACGUGGAGAAAUUACUCGCAGGAAAAGACGCAGAACUGCAGCGGACUCUCAGAAAGAGCCUGACAGGAAGAAGAGGAAAAACUGGAAAGUGAAUGAAGAGAAGUCAGAGGAGAGCUCUGAGGACUGAAUGUAUUUUUUUACACAAUCUAAAGAGUUUCUUAUUGUCGAAUCAGAGCGAUUUAUCCAGUUCACAUCAAACCAUUGCCCUGAUCGAUACCUCAUUCAGUGGAAACUUGAUUCUUUGAUUUUUUUUUAUUUUAUUUAUUUAUUUUUUUUUACUGAGGAUGUUCUCAAAUUUUUAAUGAUGUUAAAAUUUUAUAUCAUACUGAGAAUCAUGGGUUCUCAUUCUAUUGUUUGUGUACGUUGUAAUGAAGAUUUCUUACAUUUUAUA